AUGUCCUCCCUUACACCCUUCGCGAAGAAGCAUAAGGUCACCGUGAUUGGCUCUGGCAACUGGGGUUCGACCAUAGCUAAGAUGGUCGCCGAGAGCACCGCUGAGCAUUCAGACCUCUUCGAACGGGAUGUGCAGAUGUGGGUGUACGAGGAGGAGGUACAGCUUGACGAGAAGUCAAAGCAUUACAAGGCGUCCUCAGAGCUCAGUCAAGGACCCCAGAAGCUUACUCGGAUCAUAAACACCUUCCAUGAGAACAUCAAAUAUCUUCCAGGAAUUGCCCUGCCUGACAAUGUCAUUGCCAAUCCCUCUCUCACCGAUUCAGUGAAAGAUUCGUCGAUCCUCAUCUUCAAUCUGCCGCACCAGUUCAUCCUAGGCCUUUGCAAACAACUCAGAGGCCAUAUCCUUCCAUAUGCUCGAGGCAUUUCUUGUAUCAAGGGCGUGAACGUUCAUGAAUCAUCAAUCAGUCUGUUCUCUGAGACCAUUGGCGAAGAGCUGGGAAUAUACUGUGGUGCCCUGUCAGGAGCGAACAUUGCAAGCGAAGUUGCUCAAGAGAAGUUCUCCGAGACAACCAUUGCAUACGAUCCACCCCCGGUUGACUCCCAAGCACCAACUCCUGCAACAUCGCAAGGCCCAAGUCCUGUAUCAAGUCAUGUUGACCUGACCAAACUCGCCCACAAAGAUGUCAGUGGUAAACCAUCAAAAGUCAAACUUCGGCCACUGCCUCAAGAGUAUCAAGCGAUCGACCACACUACUAUUAAGAAGCUUUUCCACAGACGCUAUUUCCACGUCCGUGUCGUUUCUGAUGUUGCCGGUGUCUCACUUGGCGGUGCUCUCAAGAACGUCAUAGCUGUUGCUGCUGGUUGGGUUGAUGGUCUAGGCUGGGGUGACAAUGCAAAAGCAGCAAUCAUGCGAGUUGGCCUUCUUGAAAUGCGAGAGUUUGGAGACAGAUUCUUUCCUCAUACGGUAAACCCAGACACUUUCACAGUUGAAUCUGCUGGUGUCGCGGAUCUCAUCACCACAUGCUCAGGCGGAAGAAAUCAUCGAUGCGCAAUGCUCAGUAUCCGCGAAGGCAAAUCAAUCGAAGAGAUUGAAGCCAGAGAGCUCAACGGACAAAAACUUCAGGGUGCUAUGACCGCCGUUGAAGUCAACACCUUCCUAAAGAGUCAAGGUGCGGAGAAGGACUUUCCUCUCAUGACUGCGGUUUUCAACAUCUUGAAAGGCAACGGCAGGGCAGAAGAUAUCCCUGACUUGAUUGAACCAAAUGAUUGA